UAUAAAGUCCAUGGAUCUGACAAAACUGUUGACUUUUUUGUAAUUCCUAAAAACAUGCCAUGAGGCUAGAAUUCAAUCUUUUUCAAAAGUAGAGAUUUUUUUAAAUCAACUUCAUUGCUGGUGAAUCUGUAAAGCUCAACAAUAUUAUUAUGCAUUUUUUAUUUAAUUUUUUAUUUUGAACGUAUUUUGCUGACAAGAAAAGAGGUGUAGGCUACUUUCAUUUUUGCGUGUACGCCUUUAAUGACGUUCUCCAGGAACCUCUCAAAGGUCGACUUUACACAGUCCAUGCUUUACCCCGCCGCCGCUUCGGCUCCAAGACGAGAUGAAGAGAAUGUUUCCAUGUUGGAAUAAGUUGAGCUUUAAAAGCGCCGCAGUGGCGAACUUUUUGUCCCUCGCCUCUCAGAGAGCUCUGACACCGAGCAGAGCAUGCUCCCCCGGGAAGAGCUUCAAUAUCCCGCCGAGCGCUGAGUUCGAGGCGCGGGUCUCGGGGAUCCCCACCAUGGCCAAGCUGCCGUACCGGGAGUCUGCAGACGGCCUGGACGCGGCGUUUGUGGGCGUCCCCAUCGACACCGGAACCUCCAACCGGCCCGGAGCCAGGUUUGGUCCACGGCAGAUUAGAGUAGAGUCUGCUUUGCUGCGGGCUUACAACAGUGGAACCAAUGCAGCACCUUAUGAGUCCCUUGUUGUCGCUGACAUCGGGGAUGUAAACGUGAACCUCUAUGACCUGAAGGACUCCCUCAGGCGCAUCAGGGAGGCCUAUAGAAAGAUUCUGGCCACCGGCUGCAUCCCGCUGACAAUGGGUGGAGAUCACACAAUUACAUAUCCAAUACUGCAAUCCAUUGCUGAGAAGCACGGGCCAGUGGGUUUGAUCCACGUUGACGCUCACACUGACACCAGCGAUGUGGUCCUGGGGGAGAAGUUCAGCCACGCGACUACUUUCAGACGUUGCUUGGAGGAGGGGCUUCUGAGCCCUCGGAAUGUGGUUCAGAUUGGUAUGCGGGGUACUGGGUACUCUGCAGACGCUUACGAAUGGAAUCGUAUAAAGGGUUUCCGUGUGAUUCCAGCGGAAGAGUGUUGGCACAAAUCCCUUGCCCCUCUCAUGUUGCAAAUCAGGGAUAAGAUGGGCUCUACCCCGGUCUACCUCAGUUUUGACAUUGAUGCUCUUGACCCAGGCUUUGCACCAGGAACUGGAACACCAGAGAUCGCAGGACUCACACCUGCACAGGCCGUUGAGAUCAUCCGGGGCUGUCGUCGGAUGAAGCUUGUGGGAUGUGAUCUUGUGGAAGUCUCUCCACCUUAUGACACUACAGGAAACACUGCUCUGCUUGCAGCCAACCUCCUCUUUGAAAUGUUGUGCGUUCUUCCAAAAGUGAAAUAUUACUGAGAUUACGACACAUCUGAUUAACAAGAAUUAAUCUUAUGCCUUUAAUUCAAGUCGAAGCUGAAUAUACUUGUUCAUUUAAAAUGGAAUGUUUGACCUUUGGUCAUACAAAGUAAAAAUUCACUCUGAUCAUCUUUACAGUUAUUUUAAAAGUGUUCCCAGCAGCCUUACUUAUAAUCUAGAUGAAUUUAGGAAAAAUAAACAAACUGGUGUUUUGUGGGAUAGUUUCUGCAGAUCUGAUUAUAAAUUCAGCUCUGAAUUGUGGGCGUGUCCAAUCUGUAACGGCUAACCGAUUGGUCCCCGAGUACGCAAAAAAUGCGUCUACUUUCAAAGAUGCAUUGAACAAUCUGAGAGUGGCUGUAUAAAGAGUUUGAUGUUGCAAAGUGCAUUUAAAUGCACGUGAUAAAAGAAAAUUAAGUAAACAUUUACUCUCAUGACGUGUGACAUGAUGACAGAAACUUUAGGGCACUUAUUGGCACUUUAGAGCACUAUGACAGUUUAGAGCACUAUGCUAGUUUAGGGCACUUACUGAGAUUUGGAAGUAUAGAUUAUCUGCUGGAGAAAUUGGGGGCAUGAGCCAAUUAUUUGAGCAGCUCUUACUGGUGCCUUAUUUUUUAGUGUAAAUUGUUUCUCUAAUGCCUUCCUCCUGGACAAAAUAUUCCAAAGUUGCAUGAAUUUAAAUAUACGAAGCCUGUUAAACACCAAAUAAACAAAAAUCUUAAUGAAAUCUCA